AGCUAAUAAGUUUGAAGAAGAAAUGGACAACGAAAUUCACGAAUUGGACAAGAAGAAUGGACCUCUUGGUGGUGAUAGUCACGAAUUGAAGUAGGAGUGGUGGGCUUCAUGUGAUUGGUGCCGUGAAGAGGAAGGAGUGUUGGGGCUUGCAACCAGUGGUGGGUGUCAAUCUACUUUUUCCUCAAUCUGAUUAUGGGGACCUAAGGUUUUCCUGGGUUCAGACUUCAAACACGACCCACCUUCUUCCCUUCUUUUUCUUCGAUUUUGUAUGAUUUAUGGGUUUGGGCUUUGGGGUUUGGAUCUGGGGUUUGUGGGGGGUUCUGGGUUGGUGGUGGCGUGGGUUCUGGGUGGUGGUGGUGGGGGUUUUGGGUUGGGAGUGGAAUCUGGGGGCUGGCAUGGGGAGAGGUAGGUGAUGGAGGUGGAUUGAGUUCAGGGUUGGUGAUGAACAAGUCGAUGAUGGUGGACUGGUGGUGGGUGGGUCGGGAGUGGGUUUGUGAUUCUUAUUUUCAUUUUUGGUGUUCUUGUUAUUGAUAUGCGAUGGCUUCUUUGGGUUCUGUUUCUCUGUUCCAAAUUCUUAUUUUCAUUUUGGGUUCUUGUUAUUGUUCAUGCUUCUGAUUCUUUGGUUAUGUCUUGUUCUUCUUUGCAAUUGCAUCACAGUAGAAUGCAAAUUGCAUUGUUGUUCCCCUUCCUGGGUGGUGGUAUGCAAAUUCUUAUUUUCAUUUUUGUGGAUUCUUUCUUUUCUUUUCUUGCUGUAACAGUUCUUGUUCUGGUUUGGGCAACCUAUUUGUGCCACUUUAUUGUUUUCCAGCAUUUGAUUUCAACUGGGGCUGGGAGAUUGCAAGCAUUUGCUUUAUCUUUACACUACAAAGUAUCAAAUUUGAUGCACUAUUAUAAAGAUUUGAGUUUUAUUUUCUGAGGAUUAGAGUUAUGAAGAUCAUGAAGAUUUGAUUAGGGAUUGAAGUUAAAAAAUUUAGGACUAAAAUUAAAGAUUUGAUUAAGAAUUGAAGUUAAAUAAAUUAAGUUUUUUAUUUUUAGAAUUUUCAAUAAUUUUUUUAAUUAAUUAGUUUUUUUAAUUUAAAAGAAAAAUAAAUCCCAAGCUGACGUGGCGAUGCCACAUGGGCCACUGGAGCUCCGGCGUUGACCAAGAGCUCCGGAGGGAUGAAAACCAAACCUUUUGGCAAAGGUUAGGGACUAAAGCCCACCUUUGCUUCGGCAAGGGACGAAAACCAUACAUAUGGUAAAGGUUAGGGACCAAAAACUUAUUUAAGCCUACAUAAUGUGAAUACAGAUCCUAGACGUGAUCACAUUUCAUUGCGUGAAUGGGUAGUUUACAGACUUUUUGAAAGGCAAUUUGAGUGCAAGAGAAUAUUCCUUUCUAGAAGAUUAUUCCAACAGUUUGUUGUUGAUUGCUAUUCAAUGAUUGAGUCUCAGAGAUUGUACUAUAUCCGUAACAAUCAAUCAACUAUCAGGAGACACUUCUUCGAAGGAAUCGAGGAAGCAAUGAAUCGUGGUGAUACCAAUUUAUCAACUGUUGGAUCUAAGGUCUACCUCCCCGCAUCUUUCAAGAGUGGUAAGCGGUUCACGUUCGAAAAUUGUCAAGAUGCCAUGGCUAUUUGCAGAAAAUAUGGCUAUCCUGAUUUGUUCUUGACAAUGACAUGUAAUCCUAAAUGGCCUGAAAUUGACCGCCAUGUUUUUGCAUGUGGAUUAACUGCUUCAGAUCGACCAGAUAUAGCCUGUCGUGUUUUCAAUAUGAAAUUAAAUCAGUUCAUUGUUGAUCUAAAGAAUGGUUACUUCUUUGGCAAAGCUGUAGCAGGUACGUUUUAUGUUUUAGUUAUAUUGUAGUCAAUUUUAAAUUUAUAUUUUACAACUCUAUAAGCAACAAAUAAAUCAUUUGUUAUGGUCAUGGUACUAAUUUUAGGAACAUAUACCAUUGAGUUUCAAAAAAGAGGAUUGUCGCAUGCCCAUAUUCUUUUGUGGCUUAGUGUGGAAAAUAAGUUGCAGUCUCCCAAUAUGAUCGAUUCGGUUAUUUGUGCUGAAUUACCUGAUCCUCUUCUCUUCCCUGAAUUGUUUGAGUGUGUAUCAAACUAUAUGGUACAUGGUCCAUGUGGGUUGAGCAACAGAAAUUCUCCUUGCAUGAAGAAUGGCAAAUGCUCUAAAUUCUUCCCAAAACCCUUUACAUCAACAACAUCUUUUGAUGCUGAUGGUUAUCCAAUAUAUAGAAGGAGAGAUACUAAAGUCACAACCAUUAGGAAAGGUGUUCCGUUGGAUAAUAGAUUUGUUGUUCCCUAUAAUCCAAAAUUGUUGAUGAAAUACCGUGCACAUAUCAACAUUGAGUAACAAAUCUAACUCCAUCAAAUACUUAUUUAAAUACAUUAACAAAGGAGUUGACAGGUUACAAUGUCAAUAUCUGCUCAACCAACGGGGAAGGAUAAGAUUGAAGAUUUGGAUGAGAUUAAACAAUAUUAUGAUUGCAGAUAUCUUUCACCAUGUGAAGCUUUAUGGAGGUUAUAUUCAUUUGAAAUCCAUGCCAAGUGGCCACCUGUCAAAAGACUCAUCUACCACUUGCCUAAAAAACAAGUCGUCUUAUUUAGGGAACAACAAUCUAUUAAGAAUGUUCUUCAGAGAAACAAAUUGAAAAAUAGCAUGUUCACUGGUUGGAUGGCAGCAAAUGCUAAAUAUCCCGAUGGGUUGGGUUUAACAUAUGCGGAUUUUCCAUCAGCAUUGGUACUUGAUGAAAAAAAGAAAGAAUGGCAACCAAGGCAACAAGGAUUUUCUAUUGGUAGAAUGAACUUUGUUGCUCCAGGAUGUGGUGAAUUGUACUACAUGCGACUUCUAUUGACUUCUCAACGUGGUUGUUCAAGUUAUGAAGAAUUGAGGACACACAAUAAUCAUACCUAUGAUACCUUCCGAGAUACAUGUGAUGCAAUGGGUUUGUUAAAAGAUGAUCGUGAAUUCAUUGAUGCCAUACAUAAUGUAGCGACACUUUCAUCUGGUGCAAUUGUCAGGAACUUAUUUGUUUCAUACUUACUUGGAAACACACUAAGUAAUCCUUUGAAUGUCUGGAAUAAAACUUGGCAUGAACUUGCUGACGGAAUUCAGUACGAUCUGCGAAAAACUCAUCACAAACCAGAUUUGGUUAUUGAAGAACACCAGCUUAAGGACCUUUGUUUAAUGGAGAUGGAGAAAAUUUUGAUGGUUAAUGGGAAGUCUCUUAAGGAUUACUCUGGCAUGCCCUGUGUUAAAUCAACCACAAUAAAUGAGUACGGCAAUAUAUUGCUACUCAAUGAACUCAACUUUGAUGUCGUAGAGAUGAGUCGGUUACAUGAUGAAUGCUUUCUCAGAUUAAACGCAGGUCAGUCAAAAGUUUAUGAGGAAAUUAUGAAUGUUGUCAAUGUUGCAAAUGGUGGUUUUUUCUUUGUAUAUGGAUAUGGAGGAACAGGCAAAACUUUUCUAUGGAAGACACUGACAUAUAAACUUAGGUCAGAGAAAAAGAUUAUACUCAAUGUAGCAUCAAGUGGAAUAGCAUCUCUUUUACUCCCAGGUGGCCGAACGGUACAUUCAUUAUUUUCUAUUCCUCUUUCUUUAAAUGAGGAUUCCUGUUGCGGUAUACCACUAGGAAGUCCAAAAGCUGAAUUGUUACAACUUGCUAGCCUAAUCAUUUGGGAUGAGGCACCAAUGGUUAGUCGUUAUGCUUUUGAGGCUUUAGAUAGGACUUUUAGGGAUAUUAUGAGGUUCAAAAUUGAAGGUGGUUCUGAAAAACCAUUUGGUGGAAAGGUUGUUGUUUUAGGUGGUGAUUUUAGACAGAUUCUACCUGUGAUUCCCAAAGGAAGGUGAGCAGAGAUAGUUAUGUCAACCAUUAACUCAUCCAGGCUAUGGAGAUUUUGCAAGGUUCUAACUUUAACUGAGA